ACUAUGAUAGAUUUGCUCAAAAAUAGGAAGCAGGAGAAUGACAAGAUAACUUCUCUGCCCGGCCAGCCAUCAAAUGUAACGUUUGCACAGUAUUCGGGCUAUGUGACGGUGGAUUCAAAGGCGGGCAGAGCUCUAUUCUACUAUUUUACAGAGGCUACCCAAGACCCAUCUACUAAGCCUCUCCUCCUCUGGCUCAAUGGAGGGCCAGGAUGCUCAUCGUUUGGAGUGGGAGCAAUGACUGAGCUUGGACCUUUCCGUGUUAAGCCCGAUGGAGCGACUCUUUAUAGUAAUCCCUAUGCGUGGAACAAAGUGGCGAACACCCUGUUUUUGGAAUCACCUGCGGGGGUUGGAUUUUCAUACUCAAACACCAGCUCUGAUUAUGAUAACUCCAAUGAUGACAUCACUGCUCGAGAUUCGUACACGUUUCUACUGAAUUGGUUUGAAAGGUUUCCGCAAUAUAAGAACAGAGAAUUCUAUAUCGCAGGGGAAAGCUACGCUGGCUUUUAUGUACCUGAAUUGGCAGACACGAUUCUUAAGAACAACAACUCUCGAACAUCUUUUAUAAAUCUCAAAGGAGUUAUGGUUGGAAAUGGACUAAUAAAUGACGAGACAGAUGAUUGCGGUGUGACUGACUAUAUGUGGUCACAUGCAUUAAUGUCAGAUGAAGAGUAUGAAGAUGAGCGCUGUAUUCCAUCUGAUUCAGACUAUCAAAGUCAAAGUCGCACAGUUCACUCUCAAUCAAAAUCGGAUGGGGGAGACAUAAACCCAUAUAAUAUAUAUGCACCACUUUGUCCUUCUCAUCCUGACCCCAUAUGGAAAUAUUCAACUUUAAGAUCUUCUGCUUUCACUGUUGAUGCAUCUAUGGAUGGAUUAGAUGGAUUUGAUCCAUGUACUCCUGGCUAUGUACAAACAUAUCUUAAUAGACAUGUAGUGCAAAGUGCUCUUCAUGCAAAUGUGACGAGCUUGCCUGAUGCAUGGGAUGAAUGCAAUUUUGAAAUAAAUCUAUUUUACAACACCUCUGCAACCACAAUGCUGCCAAUAUAUCAAAAACUCAUGAUGUUGGGAUUGAGAAUACUAGUCUACAGUGGUGAUGUGGAUGCAAGGGUCCUAGUGACUAGUACAAGAUAUUCCAUUAAUGCAUUAAAGCUUCCAAUUGAGAAAGAAUGGUAUCAAUGGAUGAAUGGAGAUAUCGAUGUGGGGGGUUAUAGUGUAAUUUACAAAGGCUUGAUAUUUGCAAUUGUAAGAGGAGCAGGACAUGAAGUACCUAGCUAUCAACCAUCGAGAGCCCUAACCAUGAUCAAAUCCUUUUUAGCUAACAAGCCUCUACCAUCGUAG